UAUAUUAUUCUUAACUGAUCAUUAUUCUUAACAUGCAGUUUUUACCAAUAUAAUUACACAUUUUGUUAUAGAAUAAUUACUAUCACUUACCCAAUGAGUGCUGAUGAUUCUUUCUACAGACAUGUAUAUUAUUAAGUUUUUAUAUUAUUUUUCUAGUUUUUGUAUAACUUUAACAUUGGCCCAGAAUAUACAAUUGCCAUAUUAUUAUGAGUUUGAUGAAUUUGGAACAAUAUAUGAGGACGUUUUAUACCAACAAGAGGAUAGAUACGGCCAAGGAAAAUUUGCAGUUUUACAAAAUUUAAAAAAAGGGGACUGGAUAACGCACAUAAAGUUAUUUAUAGAAAACAAUACCUUUCUAACAACAGGGUUGGUGUGUGACAUAGAAAAGUUGCCUGAACAAGACUACGCUUAUGAUGAAGAAAGGUCAUACUUGCCCUCUAUCUGUGUGCCCCCCACGGAUUGCUCCAUACCCUUGGGUUCUGAGAAGUUGAAACAAUCUCAUUGUGGAUAUGGACAGCAGUGUUGCCGUAUCGACAAAGUGAUUAGCUUAUCCCAAUACUUCUUUCAGCCCUACCGAGAGCUCCCACACAAUAUGUUUCACGUUCAGGACUGGUCUAUAAUAGGGCAGUACCAGUACGAUGAUCUGAACAUUUUUGAAAAAGCCUGGGAUGCAGCAAAUUUCAACCAAAGUCUAUUGGAUAAAUUUCCAGUAUGUGGAAUAUCGCCAGUCAGCACCACAAGAAUGAGUCUAUUCUUCUGUACACGCGAAGAUCUAUGUCUACCCACAGAAGAGGCUGUCCCGAGUCCUUCAGUUAAAACCCAGAAAGCAAUGAACAAAUUUUGUGAAUUUGUUCCACUGGAAGAUUACUUACCAUCAAAGUCAAAUAAUCUAGUUUGCUGUGAGAGUUCUCGCAUAAAGCAGCUCACUAUAAAGGAUAAACAAACUAGCAUAGAACUUCACCCGUUCACCAGUGUUCCACAUGUUCCAUUUUACCUCAAGUUUGCCCCGGGAUUUCGAGCAUCUUACAUGUGUGAAGCCUAUGGAAGAAUGUUGUGCGAAGAAAAGAUUGAUACAUGCCAGUAUGCAUGUGAACAAGAUCAUAUGUACACCAAACGGAACAAUUUCUCAUACAGCGACUGGGUAGACGGCAGCCUAGCAUAUGGCGAAAUUCCCCAUCAGGCUCUCGUCGGUGUUUAUCAUCAGAGGCUUGUUUUCUUCUUUCACUGUGGAGGUACUCUGAUCAGUAGAAGAUGGGUGCUCUCGACUAAACGAUGUGUUAAUUUCGUGGGAUUACAAUCCAAUGUAAUAAUGCUGGGGACGAAAGAUACAUUACAAGCCACAGAAGUUAAUCCAAAUGAAGUGGUUUUCGUUAUAGUAGAAAUUUUAGUUUAUCCGUUCAGUGACGAUGUAGGUGACGACGACGAUGCAACACUACUAUAUGAUUACAGCUUAUUAAAAACACAUGAUGAAGUGAACUUCACCAAAUUUGUCAAACCAGCCUGUUUAUAUCACACCGACCCACCUGUCAAUUGGGAAGAGUUGUUUUUUACUGGAUUUGGUGGAAAUUAUAAUCGUGCUGUAAAAAGAGUAAAAUUUCCUCUCAUAUAUUCUGACGAAAGCCCAAGUGAUAAAAGGGAUGGUAAUUGUGUGUCCCAUUCAUUUGAUCAAGAAGAUCCUUACUAUAGUAGAUUUGGUGCUUCUUUACCACAUAUUAUUUGUGGUAAAACUAAAGCUUUCUCAGGUGAAGAUGCGAAGUAUCCAUCACCAUGCGAGCAUGACGAAGGUGGGCCACUACAGUUUAGGGUACCCAUACCCUACUGUAUGUACCAGGUAUAUGCCGUUCUAUCUUUGAAAAGAUCCAAGUGUGAUUCACCGUCCUCUAUGAGUGCCUUCCAAAGUGUAAAAUUUGCGAUGUCCAAGAUUGAAGAUAUUGUUUGGAAAUAUCCAUUUUUAGAAGAUUUCCCGAUACCAUUUGCAAAUCCAACAAAUUUUAAAACCCCACCACUUUGGUAUGUUGAGUGUGAGUCUAAGAGGUGCCCAACUAUUGAAAUAGUAAAAAAACACUUGCGAGAAGAGCCAAACGUACUACAUAAAACGAAUUACAAUAUCACAACAGCUAGAGAUCUCAACAAAGGUAUAUUGCCAGAAGUAUUUGAUGAAAGUUCAUUAGUGCUUGGAAAUCAGACUUUAUGUGAUGUGGAGAGAUACGACAAGGGCGAGUCAUUAGCUUUUAAACAAGCUGUAUACAAGUAUAUUCCAGCUUUCUGUGUAGACGAGUAUACCACUUGCACUAGUACAUUUGGCGGGAAACAUUCAAAAGAAGCUUGUAAGAGAGAUGACAAAGUGUGUUGUUCUGUUGCCAACCAGCCAGCAAUCACUGGGACUUUGGACCACCAUAUCAAUCUUAUAGCCCAUGAUGACCUUUUCGGCUACAAAUUCAACGAUGACGUAGUUGUCACUGGUGAAGCCCAAAGAGAAAUGACUGAUGAUCAAUACCUGGUUUUGCAGCACGAGCAGAUCCGAGAGGUGUUAGAAAAAGAAACUGUUUGCGGUAUCAAAACAUAUAUCUAUCCGAACAAUCAAACGUUUCUCACGCCUUUCUUCUGUACCACGCCAAACAAUUGUGUGCACGAGUUGGAACCUAAAGAGCGGAAGAAACGGCUUGAUCGUUCAGCAUGGUUUGAUAUAUGUCGUAGAGGAAGCGAAUUCGACUCGAGUUUAAGUGGUAAAACCUCGUGUUGCCAUCCCUCAGACAUGAAGCUCGUAGAUUAUGUUAAGAACAGUGUUAAAUGGGAGUUCCGAGAACUACCGACAUAUUUGAAAUAUGCUCCUGGACUCAGGUCUGCUUACAAAUGCGAAGAGUACUACAGAUAUGUCUGUGAAAAUGUCAACAACUGGUGUGUCCACUACCAGGAAGAUGAUUUUGCUAUUCCGGGAGAGAUUCCUCACAUGGCACAGAUAGGCUUUAUUGUACCGAAAAUGAUGUUAUUUUACUGUGGAGGGGCAAUUAUAAGUCCUCGCUACGUCAUAUCCAGCACGACAUGUGGCAUGGAGCGAGAGAUAGUCGCCAAUGUGGUUUUGGUCGGUGACUUCAACCGCACGAUACUGAUCGACAAUCCUGGUUGGGAAAAACUGUAUCAGCUGAGAGAAAUCCUGCCUUACCCUUUCAAAAGGAAACUGCGUGUGUCUCCCCGCGGGGUUUUAGACAACAAUUUGAGGGACUUUAUUCUUGAUAAUGGACGUAAUAACGAUCGCUUUGUGGACUUAGCUCUAUACAGGACUAUCGAUGAUAUUGUUUUUUCCCCAAGGAUUAGACCCAUUUGUCUCUACUACUAUCCAGUGAACAAAAUAGACUUGGCUUGGUUCACUGGUUUCGGCUACUUACCAGCUGAUAAAGAAGAUUUAAGGACUUAUUAUAAGGGGAACCAUUUUAAAAGAACUAAUCUUAUGAAGGUUGCGGAAGUUUACAUAAACAGAGGUUUGGACCUAACUCUAUUACCCCAUGAAGAAAGAUUUAAAGAAGCUAGAAAGAGAUGGGAUGAAUGCAAGAAUCCCUUACUGUUCAAGAAGGACAUACACCACCCGUACUACACGAAGUAUGGCGUCGCUGAUCACUACUUGUUCUGCGGCGAAAAUACGAACCCCCUUCAUGGCCCUUGCAGGUAUGACAAUGGGGGACCGCUACAACUUGAACUGACCGUUCCAUACUGCUCCUCACAACUACUUGGCGUGCUCUCUGUUGGACAUUUCAGGUGUAAUGAUACCAACCCUUUGGUUUAUGUGAAUGUCACUAAGUUUCUGAAAGAAAUUGAAGAUGUUGUAUAUCCCUAUCCGUUCUUGGAUUUUAUAAAUGAAGGAACUCCGAAAUGCCUAUCACAACAUUCAGGAGGGGUAAAUUCAUAUACCUCUUUGCUUCAUAUAGAUCCUUAAUUUGGUUCAAAAUGUUUAUUUUAUUAAGCUAUAAUUAAUAUAAAACAAGAGUGUAAGUUAAAAUGUUUGUAACUGAAAAUUAAAGUGACCAUAUAUAUAUAUAUAUUUCACAA